GACCUGCAAGGAGGUUCUCGCUCGUUCGCUUCAACGUGUGCUGCGUUCACUGUCAAUUAAAGAGCAUUCGCUAUCUAGGUUUCAUAUUACCAAUGCGUGGGUAGACGCGAAGUGGAAUAUGUUUAUUUUUAUUGGGUUAUUUUUUUUUAAAUAAAACGUGAUUGCAAGAAUGGUUGGUUUGGAAAUAAAUGUUUGUGUCCUAUUUGUGUUAGGGGGAGAAACGAUCAAUCAAAUGACCCAGCGUACGAUGGGACGUAAACUCACCGCGGUGGCUCGCGUUUGCUGCCCCUGUUGGACGCUUUGUUGUCGGGUUUAGCUUUGUGUGUCUGUGUGUAUGUAGCGUCGUCAAAAGAUCGCGUGACAGAUGGGGCUUUUGUGUGAAAUACGACUCGCUACCAACAUGACCUCCAGCGUCACGCGUCGAGCGUUGCGUGCACUGGGAGUUGUCUGCUGAAAAUGCAUUGUUGUGUUGGGGGGUGGAAGAGCCGCCCGGGCUGCCGCCGCUGCUGCUCUCUGCAGCUCUUCACUCCGGCUCGAUCGCUCGCUCGAUUAUGAAUCACCCUUUAAAACCUAAAACUAGCGUGGAGGGGAUCGUCGGAACGGAACGAAGCGCCAAGCCUGCAUUAGCAUAUGAAUCCAAACGCCGAAUUGGAUGAGAACUCGGCGUACAGAAGAGAGCCACUUAGCAGGCCGUGUCGCCAUUGCUGGCUGCUGGCGAGCUAACUGUUUGACAAGCAAAGAAACACGGAGCAGCGAGAUGAAGAAGAAAGCCCGGAACCACCGAGUCUCGGCUCCGCCGAGGCCUUCGUCGCCCAUCAAGCCCUCGCCCAACAAACAGAUCCUGACGUACGCCCAGGCGCAGCGAAUGGUGGAAUUCGAACUGGACGGCCGCAUCCAUCGGCUCAGCGUCUUCGACCGCCUCGACGUGGUUUCGGACGGCGACCCCGUGUUGCGGGAGAUGCUGGAGUGCGCCAACAACAAGGAGAACGCCGAUAAACCGCAGCAGCAGGUUCUGCUGAGGUCGGUCCGAUUAAAAAACAAUCAGGAGAAGAGAAAGGCUGCGCUCGGCCUCGCUGCUCACAAAGGAGGCGGCGGCGGCGGCGGCGGCGGCGGCGGCCAUCCUGUCGCUGCAAAUCCCGGUCCAAAACUUCCGGAGGCAAAAUUCCGAACCGUGGAGUACAACCUGCCCGCAGUUCCCAAACGCCCGUCUUCUUACUACAAAUACGAAGAGAAGACAGAGGAGGAGCUGGACGAGGAAACGGAGUACGACAUGGACGAGGAAGAUUACGCCUGGCUGGAUUUGGUCAACGAAAAGCGGCGAAGCGAAGGUGCCAGCCAGGUGUCUUUUAACGUCUUUGAGUUCUUGGUGGACCGCUUUGAGAAGGAGUUGUACCUAGAGGGCUUGGAUAAAGGCAGCGAGAAGCAAGCGUCGGUGGACGAGGACACGGUCUGCUGCAUCUGCAUGGACGGCGAGGCUCACAACAGCAACGCCAUCCUCUUCUGCGACGCCUGCAACGUGGCCGUGCACCAGGAGUGCUACGGCGUCCCCUACGUCCCCGAGGGUCAGUGGCUUUGCCGCCAUUGCCUGCAGUCGCCGGCGCAACCCGCACGCUGCGUCCUCUGCCCCAGCGAGGGCGGCGCGGUGAAAAAAACGGACGACGGGCGCUGGGGCCACGUGGUGUGCGCCCUGUGGGUCCCCGAAGUGGGCUUCUCCAACGCCACCUUCAUCGAGCCCAUCGACGGCGUGCGCCACAUCCCGCCGGCCCGCUGGAAGCUCACCUGCUACCUGUGCAAAGAAAAGGGCGUGGGGGCGUGCAUCCAGUGCCACAAAGCCAACUGCUACACCGCCUUCCACGUCAGCUGCGCCCAAAAGGCCGGCCUCUUCAUGAAGAUUGAGCCCGUCAAAGACCUGACCGAGUCGGGCGAGCCCACCGUCUCGCUCAAGAAGACCGCCUACUGCGGCGCGCACACGCCCAACGGCUGCGUGAGGAGGAAGCUCACCAUAUACGACCGGGCCAAAGCCAAGAAUGGGCUCGGCGCCAGAUCGGAUAAAAGCAGAGGAGCCGGGCAGUGCAAAGGCAAGCAUAAGAGGAAGAGCAAGAAACCGGAAGCUGAUGUUGAAAGUGAGGCGCCGUCUCCUCCUGCUCUGCCUACGUUUCCUUCUCACAGGUUACAAACCAUUCUGAACCAAGUCUCGGUCCAGAAAAAGAAAGCCUUCGUGGAGCUGGUUCUAAAUUACUGGACCCUCAAACGUCAAUCCAGGAACGGGCUCCCGUUGAUCCGACGUCUGCAGACGAGCUCGCAAUCCCAGAAAAACGCGCAGCCGAAGCAGACCGAGGAAGAUACGCGGGCGCUGAAGGAGCAGCUGAAGGAGUGGCACCGGCUCCGGCACGACCUCGAGAGGGCCCGGUUGUUGCUGGAGCUCAUCCGCAAGAGGGAGAAACUCAAGAGGGAGGAGUUAAAGUUGCAAGAGAGUCUACUGGAGAUGAAGCUCACGCCAUUCAGCAUCCUGCUCAGAGCCGUCUUGGACCAGCUGGUGUCCAAAGACCAGGCCAGGAUCUUCACCCAGCCGGUGGACGUGGACGAGGUGCCCGACUACCUGGACCACAUCAAGCGCCCGAUGGACUUCUCCACCAUGCGCCAGCGCAUCGACGCCCAGAAGUACUGCGACUUCCAGCGCUUCCAGGAGGACUUUGACCUCAUUGUGGAUAACUGCAUGAAGUACAACUCCAAGGAGACCUACUUCUACCGGGCCGCAGUUCGACUCCGGGAUCAGGGCGGGGCGGUGAUUCGGAAAGCGAGGCGGGACGCCGAGAAGAUCGGCUUUGACGCGGUGAGCGGGAUGCAUCUGGACGAGGCCCCUCAAUUGAAGACGUCGGCUUUUUCGUGGGAGGACGUGGAUCGCUUACUAGUGUCGGCCAAUCGCAGCCAUUUGCCGCUGGACAAGCAGCUGCAGCAACUUCUGGAGAAGUUAGACCUGACCUGCGCCAUGAAGUCCAGCCCGUCGCGCAGCAAACGCAUCAAGCUGCUCAAAAAGACCAUCAAUGACGUGCGCAGCGACAUGAGCCUGGCGCGGGUCCAGUCCUCCACUCACCACCACCGGAACCGCAACCGCAGUAGCAGCUCGGCCUCUGUGGCGCCUUCGGCGGGAGGUGUCGUGCAGCCCAAAGAGGAGAAAUGGAAGUUAAACGGACAUUUCCCGGACGACGAGGACAAGUCUCUCCCGCCUAAACUCGAGCCCUCCGACGCCAUUCCGCCUCUCAUCCACUCGGACGCCAACCCCGAACCCCCGACCCUCAAACCCAUCGACGCCGCCCCGGAUCGCGAGGGCAAAACCCCCGGCGAGGGCGCGACGUACGACGGCGAGCCGCCAAACCCGCCGCCGUCCCCGCCGCUCCUCAACGGCCACUCCCGCCGCACCCUCCCGGAUCCUCUAUUCGACGGCGACGUUAGCGUGGUGGCCACUUCCACGUUGGCCGAGCCGGCGGACGCCGUCGCUCGGCGGAGCGCCGUACUCUUUCGUAAUUCCAAAGCCGCCGGUCCGCAUGAGGACGGCGGAGGGCGAGACGACCAGGACGAAGACAGCGACGAGGAGCUGGACGGCGGCGACGCGCAGCUGGCGUCCAAAUCGUUCCUGUCGGUGGUGAUUCCCAGGCUGGAGACGUUACUCCACAGCAAAAAGAGGAAGCACCUCGACGGCCAGGACGAGCACGGCGAGGAUGGCGAGUCUCCUGGUAAAAGACUCGACAUGGGACUGUCGCGAGGUUUCCUGGAGGCCGAGGAUGAGCUCGGCCAGCCCAGCAGACCCGCGGAGCCCCGACGGCGCUGCGCCUCCGAGUCGUCCAUUUCCUCAUGCAGCAGUCUACCCGGAGGUCCCGGCACCGUUCUCAGUCUUCCAAAAUGCGGGAAAGGCAAACCGGCCUUGUUGCGGAGAAACACCGUGGACGAUAAGAAUGAAUUAAUUGCCUGCAUCGAAAAUGGCAAUUUUGCCAAAGCCGCACGAAUUGCCGCAGAGGUUGGCAACAGCAAUAUUUGGAUGCCCGCUAGUGCUGCAACAGUUGCACUGGAACCCCUAAAGCUAGUUUGGGCCAAAUGUAGUGGCUACCCCUCCUAUCCUGCCUUGAUCAUCGACCCCCACAUGCCGCGCGUGGGCUGCCAACACAACGGCGUGUCCAUCCCCAUGCCCCCCAUGGACGUGCUCCGCAUCGGAGAACAAAUGCAGUACAAAUCCGACGAGAAACUCUACCUCGUGCUCUUCUUCGACACCAAGCGCAGUUGGCAGUGGCUUCCUAGAUCCAAGAUGGUUCCCCUGGGCGCGGACAAGACCAUCGACAAGAUCAAAAUGAUGGAAGGCCGCACGUCCGGCGUCCGUAAAGCGGUGCAGGUGGCCUUCAGCCGCGCCAUGAAUCACCUGAGCAUCGUGCGGGACGAGCCGGUCAGCGACCUCAGCGACGUGGACUGACGGGCGCAAGCGGGGAACCUCCUCACGUACCUCUGUCUUCUCUCGGAGACGCUCAUGUUUACCGACCGGCCCGCUCAUACACGCUCCUCCGACAUGCUGCUGGAAUGAAUGACCACCUAACCCCCCCCAAUCUCCACCCUGAGAGUGUCGCCACUAUCCUCACCAACCCCGUGACGUUUCCCUUCUUCACAUUUCAAGAUUUCAGAAUGGCGGCAAGUAUCCUGGUGGAAAUGACGACAUGGUGUAUAUUUCCAUACGCCCGCCUUUGUACGUAAACUGUAAAUAUGUAUAGUUAACUCGACACUAACUUAUUUAGCAGCUUUGACCGACUUUGCUUUGUAUGGAGACUCGAGUGCUUUGAGCAAGAAAAAAAAGGGGGAAGAGGAAAAAAAA